GAUAUCACGUAUCUGAUCAAAACUGAGGUUCCAGUAAAAUCAACGAGUGACGUCAGGGAGAAGUUUUGUCCUUGAUGAAAUAUAUCUGGUGUCUUUAUGGUCGGGUUUACGCCCAGAGUGUUUGAGUGGAAGACAACAUGGCUGGUGGAGACGGCUGGAUGAUGAUUUUAGCUUCGAUUGGACUUCUUGUUGUCUUGAAGGUGAACGGUGUCCUGAUACUUAACGGUGACACUGUGGAUGCAGAUGAACUGAGAGAUGACAUACUUGACAUCAAUAAAGGGUUAACACACCUGUUUGAGGGUGAUAUUGCUGGUGAUCACACGAGAAAUGCAAUCCUUGACGAAACCAAAAGAUGGAAGUUUCCUAUUCCGUACAUUUUAACAGACAGUUUGGAGCUGAAUGCUAAAGGCGUGAUCCUCCAGGCGCUGGAAGAAUACCGACUGAGAAGCUGUGUGGACUUCAAACCCUAUGGGGGCGAGAAGAGCUACAUCUCCUUCACAAAGCAAUCAGGAUGCUGGUCGUCCGUUGGAGAUUAUAAAACGGGUCAGAAUGUGUCUAUUGGAGCACGAUGCGACACCAAAGCCAUUGUAGAACACGAGCUCCUCCACGCUCUGGGAUUUUACCACGAACAAUCUCGCUCGGACAGAGAUGACUACGUCAAGAUCUGGUGGGACCAGAUCGAAGAAGGAAUGGAGCACAACUUCAACAAGUAUAUGGACGACUUCAUCACUGAUCUGAACACGCCGUAUGAUUACGAGUCCAUCAUGCACUACAGACCACUGUCCUUCAACAAGAACGAGAGCGUCCCCACCAUCACCACCACAAUUCCCUAUUUCAACGACAUCAUCGGCCAGCGGCUGGACUUCAGUGCCGUUGACAUCACCCGGGUGAACCGCAUGUACAACUGCGCCAACAGCCUCACGCUGCUGGACCAGUGUUCCUUUGAGCUGAUCAACAUCUGUGGGAUGAUCCAGAAUGAAGAUGACGGUGCAGACUGGGUCCACAUGCUCAGCAGCCCAACUGACAUGGACCAGACUCUGGCCGGACGCUGCAGAGAUUCUGGCUACUUUAUGAAAUUUGACACAUCAGCGGGCGCGGCGGGAAACAGCGCCUUGCUAGAGUCGCGCAUUCUGUACCCGAAAAGGGGUGAGCAGUGCCUUCAGUUCUUCUACAAGAUGACCGGAGCAGCCGGAGAUAAACUCGUUAUCUGGAUCAGGAUGGACGAUGGCACCGGGACCGUCCGCAGCCUCAAGAAGAUUCACACAAUCACAGGUGAAGGAGACGAUGCCUGGAAAAUCAUCUAUCUGAAUCUGAAAGUAACACAAAAGUUCAGAUAUUCCUUCCAGGGCAUCAGAGGCUUAUCCACGUCAUCGGGUGCCAUCUUGAUCGAUGACAUCACUCUCAGUGAGACAGUUUGUCCCAGUGCUGUGUGGCAGAUUCAUAACUUCACGGGUCUUCUCAGCACCCCAGGUGUCAACACCCGGGUUAGAAGUGACUGCUUCUACAGUUCAGAGGGGUAUAGCUUUGGGAUCAGCAUUUACCCAAAUGUUAGACUAGCCAAUGAUGUGGGCUAUGUAGAGAUGGGCUUUCAUCUCUGCAGCGGGGAGAAUGACGGUGUGAUGGAGUGGCCGGUGAAAAACAGGCAGGUGACUAUUGUCGCCAUGGACCAGGAUCCUGACGCUAAACUGAGGAUGUCCUCUACAAGAAGCUUCACCACAGACACGAGUUCCACAUGGAACAAACCAACAGCUGCUUCAGGAGCAUCAUGGGAUGACGCGUGUCAGUGUUUCAGAAGUCCCGACUAUGGCUGGCGAAACUUCAUUUCUCACCAGCAGUUGCAGAGGAGGAGCUUCCUGAAGAACGGCGACCUCAUUGUUACCGCAGACUUCAACGAUCUGACCUACUUGAUCAACACUGAAGUGCCCAUCAAACCGAGCGAGGACGUCACAGAUGAGGAGCCAGUUGGACAGGCGGACAUGAGAGUGGAGGCUCCAAAGCGCAGAGAAGCACGUGCUGCACCACAUGACCCCUGUGACCCCAACCCUUGUCUCAAUGGCGGCGUGUGUGUGAACAGUGAAGGGAAAGCAACCUGCAGAUGUGCAUCAACCCAGACUACUUACUACAUCGGCGACAGAUGUGACAAACUGAAGAUAGAUGGCGGGAUUUUGGGCGUUCUGAUUGGUGGAGCAGCUGGCAUGGUGAUUCUGACCGCAGCCAUCUUCACCGUCAUCAGGAGAUCUCGCUGAUCACGCUGCAAACUUGCUCAUGAUCAUUCUGCAGACAAAAAAACACAACCAAUGUGAAGCUUCGGGCUUCUGUCAGGACAA